CUCACUUCCACUCUUAUUAUUCUCUGUGGCCUUUUUGGCUUCGCUGUUGCGUUGCGUUGUUCUAUUCAAAACAGAGCAGCAAAAACAAAAACGAAAAAAAAUGGUAAAAGCUCCAGUAGAAGAGCACCCUAAGGCAGCGUUUGGAUGGGCAGCCAGAGAUUCUUCUGGCCUCCUCUCUCCCUUUAAUUUCUCUAGGAGGGAAACAGGGGAAAAAGACGUUAGAUUCAAAGUAUUGUAUUGUGGAAUUUGCCACUCCGACUUGCACGUGGUCAAGAAUGAAUGGGGGAAUACUGUUUACCCUGUCGUUCCUGGGCAUGAACUUGUGGGUAUAGUGACAGAGGUUGGUACCAAAGUGCAAAAGUUCAAAACUGGGGAUAAAGUUGGUGUUGGAUGCCUGGUUGGAGCUUGCCAUUCCUGCAACAACUGUGCCAAUGACCUUGAAAAUUACUGCUCAAAAGUCAUAUUCACCUAUGGUGGUUCCAAGUACCAUGAUGGAACCACCACAUAUGGAGGUUACUCAGACACCAUGGUGGCCGAUGAGCACUAUAUAGUCCGCAUUCCUGAUAACGUACCACUUGAUGCUUCUGCCCCACUUCUGUGUGCUGGGAUUACUGUUUACAGCCCACUCAGAUAUUUCGGAUUCGAUAAACCCGGUUUGAAUAUAGGUGUGGUUGGGCUCGGUGGACUAGGACAUGUGGCAGUGAAAUUUGCCAAGGCUAUGGGAGUUAAGGUUACAGUGAUCAGUACCUCCCCUAACAAGAAGAAGGAAGCUAUUGAUCAUCUUGGUGCUGAUUCAUUUCUGGUUAGCACUGACCAAGAUCAGAUGCUGGCUGCUAUGGGGACAUUGGAUGGAAUAGUUGAUACAGUUUCUGCAGUCCAUCCACUUCCUACUUUGAUUGGUCUAUUGAAGUCUCAUGCAAAACUUGUUAUGGUUGGUGCACCAGAUAAGCCACUUGAGCUGCCAGCUUUUCCUCUGCUGUUGGGAAGGAAGACGGUAGCUGGUAGUUGCAUUGGAGGGAUGAAGGAGACUCAAGAGAUGAUUGAUUUUGCGGCCAAACACAACAUAACAGCUGACAUUGAAGUUAUACCGAUUGAUUAUGUAAACACUGCCAUGGAUCGUCUUGCAAAGGGUGAUGUUAAAUAUCGAUUUGUCAUUGAUAUUGGGAAAACAUUAAAGUGUUAGGUAGUAAUUUUUAUAUGACAAGUAUGAUUUAUUAUGAUUUUUAUGUCAUUAUGAUGAGAAUAGAAAAUCAUAUGCUUGGUUCAGUUUGUUUUGGAGUGUGUUGGUUCUGGAUCAACUCUGUGUUACAAAACUCUGAUUUCUACAUAUGAGUAUUGUUGAAUAAAAUAAUGAAAUGAUUUCAUUUUUAGUAACGAAA